CUAUUUAGUAUAGUGCUUGCAUUUGAAUAGUUUCUAUCUAUCAGUGUCUUACACCAGAUUCACUGUCUAAAGGAUCUGCAUGGAACAUACAUUUCCCAAGAUGGAAAUCUUCACCCAAAAGGAAUUGCCAACUUGUUUGCAAGAAAUGGCAACAGGGUCCAAGUUUUUGGACUAUGCAAUUAUAAGGUCUCCCACUCUGACUUCUUCUCAUCAUGUUCAUGUGUUAAGAAGUGAGGAAAACUCAUCAAUAGCAUCAUCUCCUGAAAAGCUUCUUUCAUGUCCAGAUUCUAGUUCAAUGAAAGAAGAGGUACCUUUAGCCACUUUGAUUAGUCAUCAUAGCCCUGCAAAGUUCAAUGAUCCUGAAGACAUGGAGAAUGGAAAAGCCAAAAAACAACCCCUUUCAGGAUUCAAUUCUACCACCACCCCUAGUUUUGUCCCAGCCUCAGAUAUAAAACAUAGCUCUAUUCCUCUAAAUCUUCUGGAAACUCUCCCAGCAUUAACCACUGCACUAGUUUCUGAUGACCCAGCAGCUUCUUCUUCUUCUGCUCCACCCAAAUUUCCAAACUUAACUUUGUUUUUGCAGGAACCUUCCAUGCUGUACUCAUCACCCUCACAUAUCAAAGGUGUUGAAGUCAUGCCAGAAACUUCAGACCCCACAUUUCCUGUGUCCCAGUUCAGUCAAACAAUUCAUCAAACAGGUGGUGAUCAUUCAGACAAAAUGAAAUCAUUCAAUGACAAAUGGUUGAGCACCACCAGGACUCAGCCUUUGAAGCUUAGUGGAAGAGGAAAGCAGUUCAAAGGGGUGAGGCAGAGGCAAUGGGGGAAAUGGGUUGCAGAGAUUAGAUUACCAAGAAACAGGACAAGGGUUUGGCUGGGGACUUUUGACACAGCUGAAGAAGCUGCCAUUGCAUAUGACACAGCAGCAUACAUACUGAGAGGAGAGUAUACUCAGCUGAAUUUCCCAGAUCUAAAGCAUGUGAUUCAGGCUAAUUCAUUGAAUGGAACCACUGCUGCACUUGUGGAGGCAAAACUGCAAGCAAUAUCACAAGCAGGGUCAAACAAUAAGCCAAGUGAUGAGAAUGGCAAAUUGAAAAGUCAAAAAAAUAGAAAGGAUUCAAGUUCAACCAUGAAGGAGUGGGAAUUUGAUAUAAAGAACAAGGUUGGAGCUGAAUCCUCUGAGAGAAGCAAAAACACACAUCAUGAGAUGUCUGAUGUGGAAGCUGUUCAGUUAAGUAGAAUGCCUUCAUUAGACAUGGAUAUGAUUUGGGAUGAACUUUUAGUUUCUGAUUCAUAAUCAAUUCAAUGCUUUUUACUUUAGAAGCAUACACAUAGCACUUGUUUGGUUUACUAUAUUUCAUAUUUGGAUCACAAUUUUGUUAUUAACAUGUUUUGAUCAGCAUCUACUUCAUCCGAGUC